ACAAAAACAGAUAAGAGCAAUAAAAGUCAUCGGCUAUUAGUGGAGAUUUGUAGUUGAAGCCAAGUUGCUUCAAGUAUUCUUUAUAUAUCUUUGUUUCUUUCCAAAUUCUUAUCAAUUCUUACAAAUAAGAGAGAAAUGGAGAAGCAUUUAGUCAUUGGAUUAAUAAGCUUGUUAAUACUACUAACAAUUGCCACAGCAGAUAAAAGCCCAAAAGCAGUAGAAAAAUGGUUCAAAAAUCUCCCUUAUGCAAAGACCAAAACCACCAAAUUUCACUUCUACUUUCAUGAAAUUUUUGGAGGAGAUAACCAAACAGCUCCUAUAAUUGCUCAAGCCAACACUACAGCUCAAUCACCUACAUUCUUUGGCAUGUUGAGAAUGUUCGACAACCCGUUGACUGUUGGGCCGGAUCCUAAUUCGAAACAAGUGGGCCGAGCCCAGGGAAUCCAUGGAUCUCCAUCAUUGAGUGAGUUGGCCUUAUUUUUCGACUUCAAUUUUGUGUUCACUGAUGGGCCUUAUAAUGGUACCACUUUGAGUGUGAUGGGCCGGGUCGCUGAAUCGCAAGAAUACAGAGAAUUGUCGAUUAUUGGUGGAUCUGGAAUUUUCCGGCUUGCUAACGGUGUUGCUACUGCGAAGACUUAUUUUUCUAAUGAUAGCCUUGUUAUUGUCGAGUAUAAUCUUAUAAUAAUUCAUUAUUGAAUUGUUGUUUCGAUGUAAAAGUCAACUUAGUUUAUUGAUUGCGUGUUUGAUGGUAUUUUACUUUCUCCAUUUCAAUUUAUUCAUGUAAGCACAAAGUUUUGAAAAAGCAGAUAUAGUUUUUGAAUGUUGUAAUUUUAGAUUAAAGACAUGGGUAUUAAUAUACCAAAACACUAUCAAUCUUCCAUCACCGUGCUAACCAAUGGUUCAAGUAGUAGUCAACUAGUCGAUAUGGAUGAGUCGAUCAGCACAAUGAUAAAAGGUAAUUUCUACACUAAUCGAAAUAGAUGUCCGUUGAGGAUCACAUGGAUUCGCAGGAAACAAAAGGAUCAAAAUAAUUAUUAAUCGAUUUCAGCAAUACUUCCACCAAUCAAAUAAAGAUAAAGACCAUUUUUAUGGGCAAUGGGAAAUUGAGGGCCACCAUGUUUGGUAAAGAGACUGCAGAAGAUCAUGAUUCUGCUUUGUCUCUUCCACUUGGCCUUUAUGUUUUGUUUAUAAACAUACAAGCACAAGCCAUAAGAAUAUCGUAAAGCAUAUCAAGACUAAGGGAAAAGUUAACAAAGAUAGCACUACCGGACAAAUACAAAAGUGCAGUUAGAUAUAUCUGGGGAAAAGAAGACCACAGAACGGCACUUGCUACUUGCUAUAAUGUUAAACCCAUUUUUCAUCAUCAACAUUAAAAACCUAAUUAAA